AUGCAUGUUCCAAGCACAUGUGAUUGUUUUGAUAGUUGGUCAUGUUUCGAGUUGAAGGAUCUGGGAUCUGUGGGUCACCAUCUUGGUCCGGGCCUGGCAUCGACUCUGAGCUGCGGCCGUGCUCAGGCUGCUCCUGAGAAUUACCUGGCAGAUGCGCAGGACAGCCAGGCCAUUGUCAUGGAUUCGCGCGAAGGGCCGGCCUUUGUAGACUAUCCGGAGGAUAUCGAGUUUGGCCUCCAUCCAGGAGAGAUGAAUGACAAGGCAAAGGCUCACAAAGCCAAGCUCCGAGAGAAGGAUGUGUUGAUCCCAGGUUUGAUGGAUGAGGUCCACAAGUUUGAUUGCAUUGCGGCGUGUAUCCACAGGUCGGAACCGGAAGUUGCUUUCUCAGCUUUUAAGAAGUGUUACCCCGUCCGGCACAAAGUUCUUUGCGAGCCCCGCAAAGGACCCAAGAAGGACUACAUCAUCAACAAGAAUUUAGAUGACUUAGACUUGGAUGAGGAGGCCGAUGACGAUGACGAUGACGACGCCGACUGCGACGAUGAUGAUGACGAUGACGGUGCACGCAACGUGGUACGAUACUUGGUUCGACACAGUGACGCAAGUGGAGUUCGACACAGUGACGCAAGUGGAAGCGUCAAGCAGCUCAAGGCUGACAAACGCGCCGGGUAUGCGCGAGCAGGCCUCUGGACGUUCGAAGGAAGGAGCGGCUGUGGUGAUCAGCGAGUCCGGGCCUUGCAGGGAGGAACGAACGCGAUUAGUCAACGAGGCCCGGUAGUCACAGUGGUCAUGCUCGUUACGGCUCGUUGCCCUGCGUUCACCUUUGGUCAAUGCGGUUGCCAUCUCUUGCUAUCGAUUGCCGAAUGCUCGCAGGCUCCUGAGAAGAAGAGGAAGCGGAAGAUGCGGACGAGCAGUGCAGCCUCCGAAAGUGGCCUCAGCGGUCAGACUGGAUACACCGGCGUCACGGGUACCACAGCUGGGAGCCCAGAGUUUGCUGUUCAUCUUUUGUUUGCAACACCCAGUUCACAGUGCACGGCCGUCACUUGCAAGGAGUACAGCGUUUUGGAAGUCAUUUUAGCUAAGGCAACAGCCUUGCACACGGUUGGAGGCAGUAUUGCUGGUCGAAGUCAUCGGCCCAAGUCUUUGGAAUCCGACGAGAGCCUGAUAGUACACCACAGCAAGGGUGACGAGCCGUUGUCGGUCAAGGAGCGUGUCCAGGCUUUCUUGCAGAACCGGUUGCCGGAGCUUGCUGUGCAUGUGGAUGCGCACGUGGCGCACCUCACUGAUGCCUUGAAGAAGGAGGUCGACGAGGAUGUUGCAGAACAGUUCCUCAGGACUGCCUCCAAUCGUCGAGUCUUCGAUGCUCAGGUUAACUUCAUGCGCUGGAAGAAUGUACGGCAUCAGGCCUUGCAAAAACGUUUGGACAGCAACAUGCACAAGUGGAUCCUCGAGGGCAUCGAAUGCUGGGAUCAGAAGCGGGCAGACAAGCAAAAAGAGAGCAGCGUGGAUACUGACCUGGUCUACGAGUACUUGACGAAGCGAGCUGUUCACGAUGGUGGCAAGCUGCCAUCCCAAAUUCCAGCAGCGUGGCUGGCAUUUUACGAGCAAGAAUCGGCCGCAUCCCGAAGCCUGAAGGUAUGUUAUUUUGGUACGACUUUUUGA